GAGGGGGCUUACUUAUCCAAAUUUUGUUUUUUGUGAGUGUUAUUUCGUGAAAAUUGGUGUGAGUUGGUAGCCCUUGCUGUCACUUUUGUUUUCGCCAUUUUGUAAGCAUCUUUUUGCGAAUUUGUAAUUGCGUUUAAAUCGUGUGAAUUGACUAAAAGUCAUGUCAUUGAGUGAGCACGACGAGGGUUACAUCGUGAAAUUGCGCGGUUUGCCAUGGUCGGCGACCACCGAAGACAUUUUAAAGUUUUUCAAGAAUUGCAAAGUAUUUAAUGGUAAACUUGGUAUUCAUAUGACUUCGUCACGUGAGGGUCGCCCCAGCGGUGAGGCUUUCGUCGAGUUUGAGAGUGAGGAAGACUUGAAUGUGGCUUUGAGGAAAGACCGGGAGCACAUCGGGAGUAGAUACAUCGAAGUUUUCAAGGUGAACAAGGCGGAAAUGGAUUGGGUGAUUAAACGGUCAGGUCCGACUUAUGGUGUCAACGAUGACGGCUGUGUGAGAUUAAGGGGGCUACCAUUCGGGUGUUCGAAGGAGGAGAUUGCGCAGUUUUUCACCGGGUUGGAGAUAGUACCAAAUGGGAUAACUCUACUGACUGACUACUCAGGGCGGAGUUCGGGGGAGGCUUACGUACAGUUUGUUACUAAAGAAGUGGCAGAGAAAGCUCUGCUGAAACAUCGGGAAAAAAUUGGACACAGAUACAUCGAAAUAUUCAGAAGUAGUUUAUCGGAAGUGAACAGCGUUUUGGGGUACAAUAAUCGUCGAGGCUCCAAUUCGGGGCUAUAUAAUUCACGACCGAGCCCCUACGACCGUGGUGAUCGUUUUGGGACUUCAAAUCGAUUCCAAUCACGUAGUUCACGCAAUUUUAAAGGUGUCAAUUCCGAUUACAAUUAUGAAAAAAAUUCAUCAACUUGGAGCAAUGGAAGUGAUUCACGUGGAGGGCGAAGUCCCUACGAGAUUGAUUCGUGGAGUGAAAGUAAUCAAACUGGAGACAGGACAAUGCAUUGUGUCCAUAUGAGGGGGCUCCCAUUUAAAGCUACAGCGGCCGAUAUUACCGACUUUUUCAAACCAAUUGUUCCCACCAAUGUUAAACUAUUGCAAGAUCAUACCGGAAGAGCUUCCGGUGAAGCAGAUGUUGAAUUUGCAUCACACGAGGAUGCUAUGAGAGCAAUGAGUAAAGACAAGGGUCAUAUGCAACAUAGAUAUAUUGAGUUGUUUUUGAAUUCGGCGGGGGCCGAUAACGGAAAUUCCGGUUAUGUUACCGGAAGGAGACGAGUUUAAAUUUUAUCGCUAUAAAAAAAAAGACUUGAAAGUAUUUAUCUAGGGUUAUUUUUUUACUUAAAUUCUUAUUUUUGUAUUGUUGUGUUCAAAUAACGUACAAAAUGCCGGCCAAAAAUUGGUUUGUUUGUUUAUUGGCUGUGUUUUUGUAUUCUUCUGUUUCAGAGGUUUUCAUGGAUGAAAAUCCAAUUUUACCCUCCAUUACUAACUGUAAUUGAACAGUUUUAUAAAUGAAAUAUUAAUUUUUAGUAAAUAAAUUAAUUUGAGUGAA